AUGAGCCUAGUGAUUUACAUAAUUUUUUUCGUAUGGACAGUGAAUCGUUCGAAACAUUGCUGCAGUAUAUCCGGCCCAUGAUUGUACGAAAAAAUACACAUAUUAGAGAAGCAGUAAGUGCUAGAGAGCGACUAGUUGCCACGUUACGAUACCUAGCAACCGGAAGAUGUAUUGCAGAUUUAAAGUUCAGUUGUGCUAUAUCACCACAGUUACUGGGUAGUAUUAUACCUGAAACUUGUUGGGCAUUAUUUAAGGCGUUAAAAAAGGAAUACAUGAAGUUUCCAUCAAGCGAAGCGGAAUGGUUGGAAAUAUCCGAUGACUUUAAUACUUCAUGGAAUUUUGAACACUGUUUAGGUGCGAUGGAUGGAAAACACAUCGCAAUAAAAAAACCACCAAACAGUGGAUCAUUUUAUUAUAAUUAUAAAGGCUUUUAUAGCACCGUUUUAUUUGCGGUCGUCAAUGCUAAUUAUGAAUUCAUGUAUGUGUAUACUGGAAUUAAUGGCAGAAUUUCAGACGGAGGUGUUCUGCAAGAAACUGACUUUUACGAAAAACUUGAAAACCACACUUUAAAUAUACCUUUACCGAGCAGUCUCGAUAAAGCAGCAGUUAAAUUGCCUUAUGUUUUUAUUGGCGACGAUGCUUUCAGUUUGACCGAAAAUGUAAUGAAGCCUUAUUCUUUGACUGGCAUUACUCAUGAUGCAAAAAUUUUUAAUUAUCGUUUAUGCAGAGCGAGAAGAGUGGUUGAAAAUGUGUUUGGAAUAUUGGCAACUCGCUUCAGAAUAUUAUUGAGCACAAUUACAUUGAAUAAUUUAGAAAAGAUUGAUGCGGUAGUAUUAGCAUGUUGCAUCCUUCACAACUUCUUAAGAAGAAAUUGUUCUAAUUAUAUGAAUACUCGUAGUAUUGAUACAGUCAACAGUGACGGUGACUGGCGCGAAGAGCUUCGUCAACUACAAAACUUACAAAACAGAAGGACUUAUUACAAUGAAAUGGCUAAGAAUGUUAGAAAUGCCUUUAAAGAUUAUUACAACCAUGAAGGAAAGAUACAAUUUCAAGACAACAUGAUUAACUGAAAUUAUCUUUAUCACUUUUUGUUAAGCGUUUUGUUGUUUAUUCCUGUAAUCUUCUGCUUUGUAUCAUUGUAUUAUAAUACAUAAUAAAAUAAGUAAAAUUGCAA